AUAAACAUUCUCAGUUAAAUCAUUUACUUGAUAAUAAUGAUAAGAUAACACACUGAAUAUACAAAACAUUCAAUAAUUUCUCACAUUUAAGAGAAAUGUAUAUAAAUAAAUACUAACAUGUCUAAAGUGGUAAAAAAAUAUUUGUAUAGAAAUAUACUGGCAAAAACCAAUAAUCCAACAGAAAUAGAAAUGGAAUUCGAUGAUCUUGAACUGAAAGAAUUCAUGGAAGAGACUUCAGUAGGACAAUUGGAGUCAAAUCGUAAGAAAAACCGCUACCAAAACAUUAUUCCUUAUGACUAUACAAUUGUUAAGCUUGACGUGGAUGACGAAUCUUCGGAUUAUAUUAAUGCAUCUUAUAUUAAGGGAUUUUCGGGUGACAGAGAAUAUAUAGCGGCCCAAGCUCCACUGAGAAAUACAGUUGAAGACUUCUGGAAAAUGAUCAUCCAGAAUCAUGUUAAAAUUAUUGUUAUGAUCACAAAAUUGGUGGAAAGUAAUAAGCAAAAAUGUUUUAAAUAUUACCCGUGUCCAUCGAAGACACUCAAGUUCGGUGAUAUAACAGUUCGCACACUUUAUCAAUUAAAUUUCGAAAAUCAUUGUGUCAGGGAGAUACAACUCAAGGACCAAAACGACAGACAGUACUCAGUAACACAAAUACAAUAUCAAAACUGGCCAGAUUUCAGCAUUCCUGUAAAUAAAUACGAAAUGAUAAAUUUUUGUCGAGAAGUUAGGAAAAGACAAGGUAACAGGAAGAAUUUAAUGGUCGUACACUGUAGUGCAGGAGUAGGAAGAACAGGUACUUUUAUAGCUCUUGAUAUUAUCAGGAAGAAAAUCAAGCGUAGACAAAAAUUUGAUAUAAUGGAAAUUGUUACGGAACUCAGAAGACAACGUAUGAAAAUGGUACAAUCUCAGUUGCAGUACGAAUUUUUAUAUGGUUGUGCGGUUGCGCUAAUAAAUAGAUGAGAUAUGAGUAAUUUUAUUGCCACAAAUAAAGAAAAUCAAAAUGUAUAAAUGUAUAUUCAGAACCUUUAGAUUUUCGUAUGGGAAAUUAUUUAUAAAAAGUUUUUUUUGUUUUUAAAUAAAUCAGCAAACU